UCUGGAACCCCUGACCUCAGGUGAUCCGCCCAUCUAGGCCUUCCAAAGUGCUGGGAUUACAGGCAUGAGCCACUGCGCCCAGCCUGGAAUGUCUUAUCUUUUCCCAGUAAAUAAAACGACGGACCCUGAACAGAAGAAGGAAAACUAGCAAACCCCACAGCCUCGAGUUUGGCUGUAAAUACCAAAGUUCAUUCCUGAGUUUUGGCAGUUGUCCCAUGAUGCCAGCCCUGAAGAUGCCGACCAAUGGCCUGCACCAGGUGCUGAAGAUCCAGUUCGGCCUCCUCAACGACACCGACCGCUAUCUGACAGCCGAGAGCUUCGGCUUCAAAGUCAAUGCGUCAGCGCCCAGCCUCAAGAGGAAGCAGACCUGGGUGCUGGAGCCCGACCCCGGGCAGGGCACGGCAGUGCUGUUCCGCAGCAGCCACCUGGGCCGCUACCUGUCGGCCAAAGAGGACGGGCGUGUGGCCUGCGAGGCGGAGCGGCCGGGCCGUGACUGCCGCUUCCUGGUCCUGCCACAGCCGGACGGGCGCUGGGUGCUGCAGUCAGAGCCGCACGGCCGCUUUUUCGGGGGCACUGAGGACCGGCUGUCCUGCUUCGCCACGGCCAUCUCCCCUGCGGAGCUGUGGACGGUGCAUCUGGCCAUCCACCCGCAGGCCCACCUGCUGAGCGUGAGCCGGCGGCGCUACGUGCACCUGUGCCUGCAGGAGGACGAGAUGGCAGCGGACGGCGACGUGCCCUGGGGUGUGGACGCCCUCCUCACCCUCAUCUUCCAGAGCCGGCAGUACUGCCUCAAGACCUGUGACAGCCGCUACCUGCGCAGCGAUGGCCGCCUGGUCUGGGAGCCCGAGUCACGGGCCCGCUACACACUGGAGUUCAAGGCAGGCAAGCUGGCCUUCAAGGACUGCGACGGCCGCUACCUGGCACCCGUGGGGCCUGCUGGCACCCUCAAGGCCGGCCGGAACACGCGGCCGGGCAAGGAUGAGCUCUUUGACCUGGAGGAGAGUCACCCGCAGGUAGUGCUGGUGGCCGCCAACCACCGCUACGUCUCCGUGCGCCAAGGGGUCAACGUCUCAGCCAAUCAGGAUGAAGAACUAGACCAUGAGACCUUCCUGAUGCAAAUUGACCAGGAGACAAAGAAGUGCACCUUCUAUUCCAGCAUUGGGGGUUACUGGACCCUGGUCACCCAUGGGGGCAUUGAGGCCACAGCCACAGAAGUUUCCGCCGACACCAUGUUUGAGCUGCAGUGGCGCGGCCGGCGAGUGGCACUCAAAGCCAGCAAUGGGCGCUACGUGUGCAUGAAGAAGAACGGGCAGCUGGCGGCCAUCAGCGACUUUGUGGGCAAGGACGAGGAGUUCAUCCUUAAGCUCAUCAACCGGCCCAUCCUGGUGCUGCGCAGCCUGGACGGCUUCGUCUGCCACCGCCGCGGCUCCAACCAGCUGGACACCAACCGCUCGGUCUACGACGUCUUCCACCUGAGCUUCAGCGACGGCGCGUACCAGAUCCGAGGCCGCGGCGGCGGGUUCUGGUACACCGGCAGCCAUGGCAGCGUGUGCAGCGACGGCGAACGCCCCGAGGAUUUCCUCUUCGAGUUCCGCGAGCGCGGCCGCCUGGCCAUCCGCGCCCGGAGCGGCAAGUACCUGCGCGGCGGCGCCUCGGGCCUGCUGCGCGCCGACGCCGACGCCCCGGCCGGGCCCGCGCUCUGGGAGUACUGAGGCCGCGCAUUAAACCGUCUGUCCCGCAGCUGCGCGUGGGAUCCGGGGCGCCUGCAGCUGGAGGUGGAGGCGGCCCGCCGUUCUCCCCACAGAGCGCCCAGAACCUCCCAGUGCCCAAGGACUGCGGCCCAGGAGGCGGCCUUGUGGGUGGGCGGGGUGACCCAGGCCGGUGGAGGUGGGGAGGGAGGGGAGGUCUUGAGGCCCUGGGGAGCACGGAGGCUGAGGGUGGGUGGGGGACAGCCUGAGCCUGGGUGGGGUGAAGCCACCAACACAGAUCACAGAUGAUCUCACGACACCACGCCGCCCCAGCCUAGGCCCUCAACCCUCCCUAGCCCCUGGCAGCUCCCUCGUGCUUCCUUCCUUCCUUGCACACUGCUCAAGGCCAAGCGAGUGGCAGAGGGUGGGGGAGAGCCAAUCCUGGGGACGUGGCACCCACAGCAAGAGGAGGAACCUGCUGGGAUGCCCCUUCCCUAAGCCCACCAGCCUUAGGGACAAAGAAGGGCAGGGUUCAGUGGGAAGGGGCCGGAACUGUCCCAACCACGUGGGCAAGGCGGGUCCGAGUUAACCCUUGGAGGACCAGGCGCUACCUGGUCCAAGCUGGCAGGGAGGAGCAGUAGCCCUAGAGCUAGGGCUGUUCCCGGUGUGGUGCCUGCAGUGUCCCCUGGUGGCAGCUAAGGCUGGGGGCACCAGGUGGAACCACAGUGGCUGGCACUCAGCACCUCCAGGCUCCCCCCUCAGCAGAGCCUUGGAGAGGGUCUCCCAGUACCACCCUGCCUGACUUGGCCUACCACUGCGGGAACCCCCUUCCAUCCACAUCCACAGCCUGGGGCGAGGCUGGAGGCAGAGGCUAGCCUGUGGAGGGUGGGGUAGGAGGUCAAAGAAACCCUUUCGAAUAGGGCAUAAUGGCCGGGCCUGGAAGGGUGGGCCCCACUGCUGCUGCUGAGGGAGGUGGUGCUCUGUGCAGACAGCUGCCAGGUGGUGCCCAGCAGGUGCCCCUGAGAGGAUGAGGAAGUGCUGCUCCCACCCCACGUGUGAGCUGGGCUGAGUCAUGCACGACUACAGUGUGAAGCUAGGAACUGAGCUGGAACAGGUGAAUGCCGGAAAGGUUGAGGCCGCUCCUGGCACCGGGGAAGGGCCUCAUGUAGGGAUACCUUGUUGACGACGGCCCAGGUGUGCACUGAGCAGGUGAGGGCAGGGAGGCCCAGGAUGGGCAGCAGAGCCGGCCACCGCAUGAUCCACAGGCUCACCGAGAAGCUGACUGCGGACCUGCCACCUGCCUCUGAGGCCAGCGCUCUCUGAAUGCCCAGUGUUGACGGCAGGUUCCCUGGAGGUGCCUGUGAGUUGGAGGCAUUUCAGAGUCCUGUACACUCCAGCAGCUGCCCACUGUGGUCCCUUUUCCUGCCUCUGUAGAUUUCCUUUUUGCUGUUCCACGUGACCUGUCCUCUUGGUCCUGUCAGGGUCUGUGCUACAGCUUUUUUUGGGGGGACUACACGGCACUUGAACCAGGCGCCCACACAGCAGGAUGUGAGGCCAGCAGGUGGGCAUGAACAUUUUUAAACACACCAGUGCUGAUGCCUCUUCAAGGGUGACCCUGGAGCAUGCUCUGACAGAGGGGUUCAGCACAGCUGGGGACAUCGUCUUAGACCUGGUGGCUAGCACUGCCUUAGGUCAGGAGCCUGCAGUGCCAAGGACAGCAACCUGCACCCCUGUGGCUCAUCCUCAUGUCUGCUCUUUCAUGAGCCACAGUGGUGUCCCCACACCCCCUGCAAAGCUGAGGCUGACAGGGGUGGACAGUGCCACUCUGGACAAGCAGCAGCCCCGUGGAAGGCCCCUCAGGCUCCCAGCCUCCUGAGGCCUGCUGGCAUCCAGCUGGGGGUGGGGAGGUGAGUCCUGCAGGGGACCCAGAUCUGUCAGCUCUGGGAGCCUUGUGGCCUGUGAAGGUGAGUGAAGGGCUGGCACAGUCCCAGAUAGAUUCCCCCUCCCCCAGGCAGGUGGACACAGGCCCUGCACAGUCCUGUCCACUCAUCCAGGGCCUGUUCAGGAGAACCCACAGGCUGGUCUAGCCCCCUCACUCUCCCUGAUGCUCAGAACAAGACAUGGGCACCAGCAUGGGACAAAGGUCAGAGCCAGAGGCACCUGCCCAGGGUGGCAGAGGAUGGCCCUGGAGCACAGUGGGAUGCUAAGAGGGGCAGGCCCUCCUUAGGGGCGACUUGCUGGGCCCCAGCUCUCCCUAGGAGCACAGGCCACCGCAGGGCCGGGUUAGGAGUGUCACCAGCUGAGCCUGCUUCCUGGAUGUCAGCCCUGAGAGCGACAAACCCUGACUGGCAGCACCUCACAGGCCCCUCCCACUCAGGGAGGAAGGCAGGAGCAGCCAGGUAGUGCCCCAGGCCUCC